AUGGGAAGGGUAGACCUGCGCAAGAAGGAGUACGUGAAAGAGGUGAAUGAAAGAGAAAAGCAAGGACAGGAGCUAGAGAAGCAAGAAGGACAGGAGCAGCAAGAAGAGGAAGAGAAGCAAGAAGGACAGGAGCUAAGAGCAAGAAGACAGGAGCUAGAGCAAGAAGGACAGGAGCUAGAGAAGCAAGAAGGACAGGAGCUAGAGGAGCAAGAAGGACAGGAGCUAGAGAAGCAAGAAGGACGGGAGCUAGAGGAGCAAGAAGGACAGGAGCUAGAGAAGCAAGAAGGACAGGAGCUAGAGAAGCAAGAAGGACAGGAGCUAGAGAAGCAAGAAGGACAGGAGCUAGAGAAGCAAGAAGGAAGCGAGAGAAGCAAGAAGGACGGGAGCUAUAGAAGGAAGAAGGACAGGAGCUAG